AUGGAUGCCUUCAUAAAAAGCCAAGGUGGAACGGUUGCCAUAAAGGAUGAACGACUUGUAGCGAAGCAGCAUGUAGCAACGGGCACCAUUCUUAUGAAACAAACACCACUGGCUUCAGUACCGCAACCCACCAUUCGAGGAGAACGAUGCAACUAUUGUCUUCGCAAGACCGCUUUACAGUGUUGUUCACGAUGUCAUUCAGCUUAUUUUUGCAGCACCGAAUGUUUUCGAAAUGCAUGGGUACAAUUUCAUCGAGUGCUUUGUGAGCCCCAGGAAAGCGACGUUUAUGUGGAUGUGGAUGCUGAUCGAUGGUUGUUGGAACGAACAGCACUGACGCUCCAUAGUCACAAUCGCCUGAGUAAGCAUCAUUCGCAUACUCCGCCAGCGCUGCCUGCUGCCAUGGAUGCCCUUGAACGCUUAUCACCAGCCCCCCACCAUGGUGACACCAAUCCGGACAUGGCUGCCGUUGCCACCGCGCUCGAGCCUUUUGGUUGUCAAUAUUCCAAAGAUCAACUUGUCGACUUGUGGCACCGCAUAAAAGUAGCAGCAUUCAAUAUAUGCGAUCAUGAUCAACACAUGGAUCCAGUUGCUCUUGGUGUAUAUCCAAUCACGCCACUUCUUAUCGCUCACUCAUGCCGUCCCAAUGCUGGCAUCGUUUAUAAACGGGGCGCUCAACACAUUGUUGCUCUUCAAGACAUUGCUCCCAAUGAACCCAUCACAAUCAGCUACGUCGACCUGGUUGCCAACAAACAGGAACGCCAAACAGCCUUGAAAAGUCGCUUUGGUGAUACAUUCCAAUGCACAUGUGUCCGUUGCGAAGGCGACAUGCGUGCUAUUGAUCAGCUGCUUGACAUGCACCAACCCGAAAAUGAGAAGACCGUGGAAGAGCAUUGCAAGGCAUGGAACGUGUUGACAAUGACCAAGAAAUACACACGAGGUGGCAGCCCAUCGAGCCAAUACAGUAGUGGCAUGGCAACGCCACGCACAUUGGAUAUCCCCAACUUUACUCAUUACACCAGCCGUAUUCUUGCUCCAGAGAUCUAUCAGCAUCAUCAUCAUGGUCGUUAUACUCGCUCGUAUGAUGCCGAUAGUCGUCGUGUAUUGCAUGCUCUUGUCAGCCUAUUACAAAUCCCCAGCGUACCUGCAUUCACUCUAUCAAGCAUUCGAGAAGCACGUCGCUUAUUACGUGUGCUGAUGGCCCAAGAUCGAUGGGUGGAAGCUUCACGGGUCUCAUUAUAUCUUUAUGUCGUUUACAGUCUACUUUAUCCACCAUUGCAUCCCAUUCUCGCUUAUCACACUGUCAUCCUUGCUCGCUCUUCUUGGAAUUCUCUCGUUCAAUUGGAACUUGCUGGUAUCGGUCGCAAAUUGGAGCGCAUCUAUCAAAAUGGUGUCCGCACAUGGAUUGAUGAUGGUCGCCAUGUUGUCCAAGUCGUCUUUGGUCAAGAUUGUAGUCUCUGGCGUGAGAUUAUUGAACUCCAAUGGAUCUUUGAACGUGAUCAGAAGUUACGCUUGAAGGAAUGA